CAUCAAUAUGAAAGGUAAAGUACCCUUUGUAUCAGCUGUUUUUGUUGUAGGUCACUUGCAGUUAGCCAAUCAGUUUCCAGGGUCUUUGAUGCCUUUGUUAUUAAACCCGGUUUGCAAACUUCUGCAGUUUAUUCAGCACUAUGAUGGUGACAAGUUCUAGAGGUGCGGUAGGCAUUUUCGAAAGUACGACCUGUGAUCUUCCAAAGUCCCCAUUGUCCUCCGCAAAGCGUCCCAAGAAAAGCCGCCGGCUUAAAAAGCAGUUAGAGGUUUCUGAAGAGAAGCCACAAACAUUAUCUCAACAUACUGAUCACUGCCUCUCAGUCGAAGAUGAAUUCAUUCCACCCAGCAGUCUUUCAACCCACCAAAUGUACAGUUUUUACCCACCCUCAAAUUCAUUCAGCACUCGCUAUCAAACAUUUUAUCAUCUUAUUCAAGAAAAGUUAUACGCUUCCCUAUGUCAAGAAAAUUUACUACAUGUUGAUAAUGAACAUCUGCUGGCUGUUAAUUCGCAGCUUGAUGACAAAAUAGAUUCAGCGCUGAGAACAGAAACUCUGUCCAAACUUUGGUCGUUACACAGUGCCUACUAUUCCCUUUCUUCUCUUACCUUCUGCAAGGCUGUUUGCCUAAUGGACUUACUCAUUAUUAAAGUCAGGGUUAAACCUAAAUACGCAAUGUGUGUGGCUGCCGCAUGUUACUACAUAACCUCUAAAUUCGAACGCUCAUCGGAUCAUAUUUUACCCACACCGGAAAGCCUCGUAACAUUAUCGAGAUGCGGAGGCACGGCUGGUGAUUUAACGCGAAUGGUAGAAAUUAUCCUAACAAAAUUAGGACCUUCCAAUGUUGCUGCCAUUGGUGCAUGUUCAGCUACAGCCAUUGAUUUUCUUUCCAUCUUUUCUCCUCUUGGUACUUCAUCGCCUCACCAGACGACGGAUUUAGAAAACCAUAAUGUUUGGUUACCACCUCUUCCUAUUUCGCUUUGUCGUCAGGUUGAAAUCGCUUUGAUUUCUUCUGAAGUAUCAUGUUUUCGUCCUGCGUGUCUUGCUUUGGCAUUGCUCAGUCAACGUUGUUUCGAUUCAAAUAUAAGACCGACAGAAUCGUCUGACGACGACUGGUUACAGUUUCACACAACAGAUCUGUUCAACCUGGCAGUUUUAUGCAAUGUUCCUUGGGCUGAUGUUGGUGCAUGUUCAUCUUUGUUAAAGGUAGCACUUAAAACCACAUCAGAAUCCUAUACAGUUCAAGACUAUCCUUCUUCCCGUCUACUAGGCAGCUCACCACCACUUGUGUGGACUUUAUCCCGGCGAACUCAACGCAGCAUUUCAACUUCUUCUCCUCCAACUCUUUCAACUAUUUCUGAAAAGGAUGAAGAGUUAGUUCAGUUAGAAAAUACCUUGACAAGUGUGAAUUUGAGUUUUGAAAAAAUAUGCUAGUCAAAUCUAUUUCUUCCAAAGGCAGCAGGAACUUUGUGGAAGUUAUCUAUCACCUUUUAAGUACUGUGUCCCCAUCAGUUCAGUGUAAGCUUUUAUCAUCCUAAUAUUUAUACAUAUAUAUUCACACAUACGUACGUGUAUUAUCCAUACAUUCAAUAACCAAUCUGUGAUUGGAAAACCCAUGAAAAAAAGGAUUUUUUCCAAAGCGUAAUAAACUUCUACGGGUUCAAUUCCUAUUCUCUGUUUUGUUUCCUCAUUUUUUAAAAACAAUAUUCCUACUUAUAUUACAAUUAGACUUAGCUGUGUAUACAAAUGUGAAAAAAAACAAUAAACAAAUAUGUCUACAUCAGUUUCAUUAUAAUAAUCAUCAGCAAGGAGAAAAGGUGAUAUAGCGUUUAAACAUACUAGUACUACUGUUGUAAAACUUACUGUUGCUGCUGAUUUCUGUUAUAUCCUGUUGUUUGUUUAUUCUUAUUUUAUUUUUUUGGUUUUAUUUCCUUUCUCCUUCACUGUUACUACAAUGAUGACAAGUUAGCAGAAUUGUACAUUUCUUCUUGUUUUGAGAUGAGGGUGUCAACUUGUGUUCUUUUGAUUACUCUUGUUAUACCACCUCUACCUACCUACCUACCUGCCUAUCCUCAAAUAAGGCAGGAGAGGUUCCCUCCAUUUUCUUCCCUCUGCUGCUUCAAUUUUUCUCUUCGAAUCCACACACACGCCAAAAAAACGGAAUAGAUUAUGAUGUGAUUACCCACUAAUAAUAAUAAUAAUAUUAUCGAUAUAAUUAUCAACUAACUAAACUGUAUUGCUACUAGUCCUUCUAACAGCUGUCGCCCUCAUUGUUGUUGUUCUUUACUCACUCCCUGGUUGGCGAAAUAACUGCCUUCUUGUAGCCCCAGGUAUGUAUAUCCAAUCAACUAAAUCAAGUUUAAACAACGGUUUCUUUUAUUUCCUAUUUUGAUUGAAAAUACAAACCAAUCUAUGCAUCUGUCUCUUUGUUCUGUUCCUCUUUCUCUGUCUCUCUUUCUAGUCCAGUAUUUAAUAUCUACAAUUUAUUAUUACAAAAAUUUAUGAAAAAAAGUGCAAUAAAAAUCUUUCGAUGAAUA